GCACAGACCUGUAAAGCAUGAUAUUGCAGUCUGGACUGUAGCCGAAGGAGGAGCUGAGCUGAUACAGCCACACAACCGAUUGUCUCCAUACAUACAGUACAGUGCUUUUCAUGGUAUGAAUUAAUUAUUAUCACUACUGCGGUCUAUCUCUGAAACAUGCCUCCCUCCUGAAUCUGGGGAAGGGGGAGGAAUACUAUGGGAAUCAGCAUGUAUUUCCUUCCUUGUACUGUACAUGCCUGAGACUGGAAGGGCUGCACCGCGGAUUUCACAUCCCAGGAUAAAGGUGCAGCAUUUGCUAAGAAGAAAAAAGGCUGCAUCUGAAUUAAAACAGUGGGAACUGUGCCUCUGCUGCAAUGUGGAAACUCAACAAGAGCAAAGUUCUUAUAGAGGAUUCACCUGAUGAAGAAAUGCAGGCUCAGCCAGAUCCCCAGAUCAAAGACCAACUGCUUCAAGAAGAAGUGCAGUCCCCUGUGUCUCAGCUUGCUACAAAGGAACUGCAGAAUUUAAAGACGAGUUUCUCUAGCAUGAAAGGGCAAGUUACAGUCCAAGGUGCCAGUUUUAGAGGAUGGAAGGAAGUGACCUCUAUAUUCAACAAGGAUGAUGAACAGCAGCUGCUAAAAGGAGCUAAAUGUCCUAAAUCUAAAGUAAUAUCUGUGAAACCAAAAGAAGACGUAAAGACAGAAAAGAAAGCUGGCUUUUGGGACAGUUUAGCAAUAAAACAGAACAUUCAGCCAAAGAAAGCCGACGAGAUUGAGGGUUGGGAACCUCCUCAUAUAACAGUAGAGGAGUCUCCGUCCUUUCCUGAUGAUGUAUUAGAUGAUCCCAAUUCCUGGCCCGGCUGGGAGGAUGAAACCAAAGGAUCCACAAAAUAUACAAACCUGACAAGUUCAGGAAAUAGCUCCAGGUGGAGCAUUAAAUCAGCUGGGAAACUGGUUAGUAUUCGAAGGCGGAGCAAAGGAAACCUGACAGAGAACUGGGAGGAGUUAGAAUGAAAACCAUAGCAAGUGAGCAAUAUGCAAUAUCUUUCCACUGUGAGGCUGCAGGUUUCAUGAUUUUCAUGUAAUUUUAUACCAAAUUCUAUUAAGUAUUGUAUACCCACUUUUAUAUUUAUCUAGAUCCUACAAAAAUAAAUUUGCACUUCUACUGUCUUCAAGUUAUUUAACAGAGCCGUUCUAAGAAACAGCUGGGAAAGGUGAGGGGGCUUCACCUGUGCCUACACUUUUAAAAAGAAAACUUGGUCGUACCAAAAAAAAAAAAGGAGAUUUUUCUCUGUGAAUGUAUACACUGGGUAUAAAAUAGACUGUCUUAGACUGUUACCAUUUGAAGCAGGGAUGUCAGACUGGCAGGUCCCAGUGGUUGCUGAAUUGCAUAUCAUUUUCCCGCCAGUUUCAGUAGCUUUGUAGGAUAUGUAGUUCAGCAACAGCUGUGGGGCAGGAGGACUAUUAGAGAUGUAGGUGUGUAACAGAUGGAGGGCCUUACGUUUGGCAUCCCUGAGAUAAAGUUAUUUGCCUUGCACAUUAAACUGUCAAGUGCCUGUAUUUCACCUUGCUAACGUAUUUGUGAUGCACAGCUUAAUUUAUUCAUAAGUUAAUUUAGUAUUUUUUUUAAGCAACUGGCUUCUUUUUAAUGAUUUGUGUUAUAGAAUUAAAGCCAAGUAUAUUAUGUGUAACAGAAUUAUUGGGAAAUGUUCAUUUCCAGUAUAUAUCUGGUGUAAUAAGUAUUAUUACUGACUAGAUACAUAAUACAGAACCUCUGAGGCAGCAGUGUUCAGCCUAUAACUCUCCAGCUGUUGCUGAACUACAGCUUCCAGUAUCUAGUUCAGCAACAGCUGGAGAUCGGCAGGUGCAUUAUAUUUUAGAAGAAUUUUGAUACAGUUGCAGCCGUCUCAGCUAAGUAAACUACAACUUCCAAAAUACUCACAGCUGGCUCUUCAGAGAAAUGCUAACAAACUUGGAGGACUUUAUACUUGCUCUAAAAUAUCAAAUAAAGUUAUGGGAUUGCUGAGCUUCUCUGUAUGAAUGUGAAGAAGAUAUGAGGGUACAUUCACUUACCCAGACAUUGUGAGCAAUUUUACCCAGACAAGUGCAAUUUUGGCAACAUUUUUUUCCACAAUGCAAUGGUUUUUCCCAAAAUUCAUGUUUUAUUGCAGGCGCAAUGUGGUUGCUGAAUCAGAAGCAAUAGCACUACCAACGACUAACUGUGAUGUGUCUGGUGCAGCUGUAUCUGAGUCAAAAUGGACCCUAUCAGAUAAAUAAGAUGCAGUUGCAGCGAAUACUUCCAGUCCGGCAGCAGAUGCAGAUUAGUUGCUAGUAUGCUGCAUGUAUUAAUGCAAGGUGCUGAGCUCCAGGGUUUGCACAGCACUGUGCGCAAUAGCCGCAGCAUCAUUCAAUUAGUAACGAAAGGCAGGAAGGACUGAUCAGCACUUGGACACAAGUACCUUUAAUUAAAGUGGUCUUAAACUUAGUGAGGGUAAACGCCCAAGUUGCCCACUGUGUCUGUGGAUGUAAUAAGCCCUAUGAAGUGUUUCCCUCAUAUCCUUUUCGCCACACUAUUUGUGCAGAGCAGCUCCAGCAUGCCUUUGCUUGCUUCACUGGAAGCAGCACUAUGGGAAAUGUAGUUCUGCAACAGUUGGAGCAGCUCCAUUCCCUGAUUCAAACUCUUCGUCAUGCAUUUUCUUUCAAGAGCUUUGCAGAAGAAAUGGAGAGAGCAUUACAAUAUUAUUCCACCGUAAGGGUUGCUUGUUAAACGUACUGCUGAGGGGUGAGGUUAAAGGCUAAACCUUACAAAGAAGAAUUCCAGUUGACACCUGUAGUGCAAGAGAGCUAUGCAAGGUAGCAUUCAUUAUUUAUAUUGUUCUUAUUGUUUGUUUUUGUUAGUGUCACUGUUAGAGUACACCCCCAAAAUAUAUGCUUUGUAUUUUUUCAUCUUGAAUAAAGAACUAAGCUCAACCAAGAAA